AUGAUGAACAAGCUAUCGUCUUCUUCUCUUGGUAAUUGUGGUCAUUGGUUCGUUCGUCAGAGAAUCUGCCUCGCCUGUAAAACAAAGCCGAGCCUUGUCCAAGGCCAAAAAUUCAACUAUCUUUUCUCCGGUUUAGGUCUCAGCCACGAAGCUGUAUCCUUUACAAAGCGUCUCACAACCUUGACCUCACUUCACGGACACAAGAAGCUUCACUUGGUCCUUGACUUGGACCACACGCUAGUCCACUCCGUCAAGGCUUCCGAUCUUUCUGAAGCAGAGAAGUAUCUAAUCGAAUAUGAGAGAUCAGGUUCAAAGAAAAAUCUAUGGCAUUUCAGGGGCUGGUUAAUAAAGUCUCGACCUUUUGUUAACGAGUUCCUUAGAGAAGCAAACAAGCUUUUCAACAUGUAUGUUUACACAAAAGGCGAUUUCCGUUACGCUCAAGCUGUGGUGAGGGUGAUCGAUCCAAACAAAACCUAUUUCGGGGAUCGAGUGAUCACAAGAGGAGACAGUCCUAACACGAAGACACUUGAUCUUGUCUUAGCUGAUGAGCGUGGAAUCGUGAUUGUGGAUGAUACUGUUGAUGUUUGGCCUCAUCACAAGAGAAACUUGUUGCAGAUCAGCAAGUACUUUUAUUUCAAACACGGUUGCAUAAACAUAGAGUCGAAACCAUCGUACGCAGAGAGGAAGAGAGACGAGAGCAGAAGCAGAGGAUCAUUAGCGAACCUUCUAAAAUUCCUCAAGGAAGUUCACAAUGAGUUCUUUAGCUGUGGAGUUGAAGAAGAGUUAGAUACAAAGGACGUUAGGUUGCUGAUAAAGGGUCCCUUCAGACCACAUGGAUGUUGA